AUGAAUGAUAUGCGACAGCUCGUAAAAGGUGAAAUUAGCGAAGAUGAACUAGAUGUUGAACAAGGAUUCCAACAGCUGGCGGUAGGAACAAUGAUUGAAAAUUUCACAAAGAUAUUACUGGACAAUGAAAAAGUUGAUUAUGCUGACGUUAACGUAGAAAUGCGCUUGAAAGAUAUCAGAUAUAAUUCAAGAAAACAGAAUAACCAUUUCUUCUCAUAUAGAUCGAAAGGGUUAGACGAACGUGGUGGUCGAAUUAUGCGUAAUUGA